CAAAUAGUAGGAAGAAGAACAAACUAUACAUAAAUAUAAUUUAUUUUGCAAGACCAACAAAUCAGAAUUUAUCGUUUAUUGACAUGUCGGAAACCCAUUUGGAAGCACCGCCCUCGGUGCGCCUGACCAACGAUGAUUUUCGCAAGCUGCUGGCCACGCCGCGUGGGCCGCCACCUGGCUCGACGACCAGCAGUGCGGGCAGCGGAUACCUGGCCACAGCCCAGUUUGCAACGCCCGCCGCGGUUGGUGAGAAAAAGAAAAGCCAAAGCAGCAGCGAACGAAACGAUCUGCGACGCAAGAAGAAAAACUUCUAUGCAGCCCUCAAGAAGCAGGAGGAUGUCAAGUUGCAGGAGCUCUCGGAAAAGUACAGGGAUCGAGCGCGAGAGCGUCGCGACGGCGCCAAUCCGGACUACCAAAACGCCAGCACGCCCGGUCAUGGCAGCAGCACAAAUGCCUAUCGCGCCGUAGCGCCUGAUAUGAAAUCCGGCGUCGAUGCGGCGGAGCGCAGGCGUCGCAUUAUCCAGGAGUCUAAGUUCUUGGGUGGUGACAUGAAGCACACUCAUUUGGUGAAAGGUCUCGAUUAUGCUCUGCUCCAAAAGGUACGCUCCGAGCUGCAUUCCAAGGAGGCGGAGGAGGAAGAGCUGGCCGCCGCAUUGGCGCGCGAGAAGCUAGCCGAAGCGGCGGCCGCUGCCGAGCAGCUGGAGGCGGAGCGUCGCGAGGCGGAGGACAUAAAUGCGAUAAAUGGGUCCAUGGCACGCAAUAUAUAUAAUCUUACACAGGCACGCCGAUCCAAAGAGGUGCCGCGCAAUGAGCUGUUCGCGCCCGGUCGCAUGGCCUAUGUAAUCGACAUGGAGGAUGAGAUGGACAUGGACAUACCAACAACAUUGAAGCGCUCUAAAUAUGAGGUGCCUGUGGCACGCGAGGACAUUGCCACGCUGACUACCAAUGAUAUUGUUAUUAAUAAACUAUCGCAGAUCUUGAGUUACCUACGCGCCGGUGGGCGCAAUAAGAAGAACAAGAAACGCGACAAGGAUAAGCCCUUGUUCUAUGAGAAGGAAGUGGAGCAUGUGCGCGGCCAACCGCAUGGCAGCAGCAGCGCUGGCAGCGGCGCCAAUCCAAGCAGCAGCAGCGGCAGCAAAUCCUCGAAAGCUCUAGGCGACAGCAUCUAUGAUGAUGUGGGCGACUAUCAGCCCACGACCACGCGCAAUGAGCGUCAUCAGCCAAAACCUGCGGCGGCGGCGGCGACGGCCCAAUCGUACUUUGGUGAUGCCCCCGCCGAGCCGGAGCCAGUGAUAACAAAUAUACCGCCGCCCCCAAAGAUAUCCAAGGCGAUGGCUUCGCGUUUCGCCAACGAACCGGAGGGCUAUGCCGAAUGCUAUCCGGGGCUGGAGGAGAUGAACGAUGCCAUUGACGAUUCGGAUGAUGAGGUGGACUACACCAAAAUGGAUUUGGGCAACAAGAAAGGCCCGAUUGGUCGCUGGGACUUUGACACGCAGGAGGAGUACUCGGACUAUAUGAGCACCAAGGAAGCGCUCCCAAAAGCCGCCUUUCAGUACGGCGUCAAGAUGCAGGAUGGCCGCAAGACGCGCAAAAACAAAACGGAAAAGAACGAAAAGGCCGAACUCGAUCGCGAGUGGCAAAAGAUUCAGGGUAUCAUACAGAAACGCAAACUUCCCAAGGAUGGUGGCGGUGGCGGCGGCGAUGAGCCUGACUACAAAUCAGCUAAAUAUUAAUAUUCGAAACGGGGGACGUUUAGAAUUUGGAUUCAAAAUGCACAUUACUUUAAGGAUUCAUAUAACUCUGGACAAUUCUGGUCACAUAUUCGGAAUUGCGACUGUGGAAUUAUUGCAAGUAAUAAAUUUGAAAAUAUUUUAAAA